AUGUGGGGCCACGGAUCCAACCGCCUCUCGCCUGCACAGGAGGGCAACGCGGGUGCCGCUGAGAGCGCCACACCUACCGUGAAGAAAUCGAGAGCAAGCGCCCCAAAUGAUGGAGGCACCAAACCUGGAGACCACCAUUUGUUUUCUGUAAACGAUACAGCGGGAACUCUAAAGGAGCACUCCAGAGGACAGGGGCGAGGUUUCUACAACAAUCGGAAUGUUGGAAAAUCGGAACCGGCGUCGGAGGACCGGGCGCGCCUUGCUUCGGGCUUAUUCUCCCAUGAUGGGGACGACGCUCCCCUCAUGGGCACCGUUACCCAGCCAACCCGGAAUGCAGGCUCGGUUACGGCAAAGGGUGCGCAACUGCCUGGUCCAACAUUGGGAGGGACACCAAGGAAGAUCUCCUCCGAGUGUCCCCAUCUAAAGUUCGGGUUCCAGGGCGGGCCGGAGAGAUCCUGGUAUGACACAGACGACGACUCGGUUUUGAUAGGUGGAAAUGAAUGGGGCGCAGCCGGCCAAAACGAGGAAUGCCCGGUAGGAUUCAACUUUGGGCAGCACGGCUUCAAAUUUGGAAUAGAUCCCUCGCAGAAGGACGAAGUGUGGCACAAGGUAGAGGAAGAUGACCAUGUCCUUAUGGACACAAUGCCUUGCAACCAGCCUGCAACAGGUACGACAAGGACCAUAUUUUUCACCCCUGACACUUCAGAAGUGUCAGAAGUGCAAAUUGUGGUCCAAGGCCACUUCAGGGAUGGUCUCAGAAUUAACGUGGAGGAUCUCGGCUCCCGUUGGUCAUCCUGUAUAGAUGCCUACUCCGAAGAUUUCGAGGAGUACGAUGGUGACUUUGAGGACUACACAUCGGAUGGCGAAGUUCCGGACACACCCACGGUGGCCCAAAGGGUUCAAAUUCUGACCAACCUGCAAGAUUUCGAAGAUGGAUCCCGCGAUACUGCAGAAGGAGAGUGCGAGGUGGAAGACGACAUUCCACUCUCCCUGAAGCAGGGCCACCUCGCCAAUGUGCGGGCCAGGUGCAGGUUGCUGCUGGGAACCAGCUUUGAGGACGUCUACAAUUAUCUGAAGACCCUGAGGUCUUCUGCGAUGCCCUUCAGCGAGUCGGACGUCACGAGGCGCCUCCAGUCUAUGGUGGGCACGGAAGGGAGCCUUGAAGCGUGCUUCCAGGUAGACCAUCUCGUGUUCCAAGAGCUGCUAUUCGAGGGGAUCUGA